GUGUCGACCAACAAUAAAAUAGCAAUUUGAGAGAGUCCCCAACGCUUGUAUAAUUAGCACUCUAUCACUAAUCAUAUUAUCAAUUUGUGAUCGAUUAAUCCGAUGCCUCUAAACUCAUUUGGUAACAAUAUGGAGAACCAUCUUCAAUUUAGGAACUGCUCCUCCUUGUUUCUUCUCUUAUUACUGUUUAUCAUAUCCUUCCACUACACUAUUGGCAGUGUUGGAGGAGGACAAGAAGAAGAAGAGAAGCAGUUUCAAGAACAACAACCCCACCUAGAGGAGGGCAAGAGUAAGCCUCCCAUUAUAGAGAUAGUCAAGACAAUGUUUUCUUUCCCCACUGCUUUCCCCCAAACUCCAACCAGUUAUUGGAGAAAACUCGAAACACUCUUCAAACAAGGCAAGGCCUACUUUUCCCCUCCAACCGUCGAUUUCAGAGAUAGCCAGGAAGCAGAAGGCAGGGACGAAGGAGGAGCAGCAGGUGAAAAGGUGAAAGAAGCAGUUCUAAAGAGCCUUGACAAGAGUAAAGAGGCCAUAGAAGAAUCCGCCAAAUCAGCUGCAAAAUUAGCUGGGGAUGCAGUGCAGAAGACAACGAAUAAGCUAAAAAGAACAUUCUCUUUUGGAGAAAGAGAUCAUGAACAUCAAGCGGAUGAGCUCUGAUGAAAAAAUCUUUGUAAAAUAAAUGUGAAUAAUUAGCACCUUGGAAGCUAGCUUAGUUUCAUAAUUUAUGCACUCCUUCACUUGAGUAAGUGUGUUGAAGCACCUUUCAUUGGGUUUUCAUAGUCGUC